AUGCGCGGCCUGACAACAACAGAGCUGCGAAAUAAGUCGAGGCCAGAAGAAAUGGCAGCGGGGAGUUCGGUCUCCUCACAGCUCUUCCUGGUGUUGGGUUGCAUGCUCGCCCUGUACCACGCAGCUCACGGAGGGGCGCCCUUCGUGUAUAACAAGAACACCAAGGAAACAGGGUGUAUUGUUCAACAUGACACUUCCUUCAAAACUCCUGACAGCGUCCACAUCCUAAGUUAUAUUACUCCUAAGCAACCAAUGAGCAUUGGGUUGACCUACAUUGGCCGGGAUAAUAAUUCCUACAGGGAUGUGGUGAAGUUGUCUAACACUGAGGCAACUCACCGCAGAGUUUGGGUAAAUGGAAGUUACACCGCCGAUCGUCACCUCUUUCCCAUAAAUAUCACCAAGGGCUGGAACACCUUGACUUUAACGGCUGCCGAGGAUGAAAUCACCUUGACCUACUUGACCAGGGAAGAUGGAGAGGUUCGCGAGCAACGUCAUCUUAAUUCUACCAUCAAAACCAUUUAUUUAGAGGGAAAUUUCUCAAUCUGCUCUGGAGGGAUGAGCUUGAGUAGAAAGUCGUGUGCAGCGGGGCCGCGGGAGGAGCGGAGGCAUGCAGUUAGCAAGUUCUGAAGAGCAGACAGCCUGCAAAUAUCUAUAGAAGAUAGAAAGAGAUGCAACAUGGCGGCGAAAUUAAAGAGGUAGCAGACUGUCAGUAAGAGGAGAGGAGUUGAUGAGACAAAGAGCCUUAGUCUCUAUUCUGUCCAAAAGAGCUGUGUGAGUGGAGCCCCCCCACAUGUGAGAUGCAAACUCCAUAUGAGGGCGGACAAGGCCCCUGUAUAUGGAUUGCAACUCUGCGGGGUAAAAGAACAGGCGGAGAUGGUAUAGAACGCCCAACCUCGAGGAAGCUGAUUAAGCGAGAGAAGAGAUGUGAAGUUUCCAGUUGAGAUUUUGAGUUAAGGAUAGACCGAGGAUGUUUAGUGUAGAAGAUGACAGCUGAGUGUUGUCGAAAAAUAUGGAUAGGUGUUUGGAAGAUUGUGUUGAAUUAGCAGGUGGAGAAAUUGAGUUUUUGAGGCAUUAAAGGACACCAGGUUCCUUCUGCCCCAGUUGGAAAUGAUAGCAAGGUUAAGUGUUCUGCAGCCUUCAGUCUCUAUAAAAAUGUAAAGUUUUGUAAUUCCUGUUGGGAAGGUUUUCUGCUGAAAGAAGUUGAAUAAUGCAAAGUAGAGUCAUCAGCGUACGAAUGGAUAAGACAGUUCGUUUUGGAAAGAUCAUUAAUGAAUAACAGGAAGAGAGUAGGUGAUAGGACAGAGACCUCCGGAACACAACUGUUGAUAGGUUUAGGGGAAGAACUGUGAUCGUCUACCACAGCAGAGAUAGAACGGCCAGAGAGGAAACUGGAGGUAAAGGUGUAGAGAGUGGGCUAGAAUCCGUAGGAGGGUAGUUUAGAAAGUAAGGAGUUGUGCCAGACUGUAUCCAAAGCUUUCGAUACGUCUAGCGCAACUGAGAAGGUUUCACCGAAACAGCUAAGAGAGGAUAACCAGGAGUCAGUAAAGAAGGCAAGGAGAUCAGUAGAACGCCCCUUGCGGAACCCAUACUGGCAAUCAGAAAGAAGGUCAGAAGUGGAUAGGUACUUAUGAAUCUUCCGGUUAAGGAUCGAUUCCAAAGCUUUAGAAAGACACAAAAGUAAAGCUAUAGGACGGUAG